ACUUAUUAAACCUCAAAAUGAUGCCAAGCCAAACAGAGAAGAUAAGACACCGCCGUCUCAAAGAUUUUCAAACAAAGAGACAAAGAUUCAUGAUGAAAAGACUGCAGCUAAAAUUGAAAAAAAUAUAUUAAAUUUAGAAAGAACGAUUUCACAUCCCAAUGAUAAAUCUUCGAUCCGACUACGACCUAUUUUGAAGAAGCACACAAGGACUCGGAAAAAUGAGAGUCCGUCUGAAGAAAGUGAUGUUGUAAAGCAAUAUAGUACGGUAUCUCUUAGAAGAAUCAAAACUGCAUCUGAGAGUAAAGUUGUUACUGAUCUAUGUAGUGCAAACCCCAAGGAAUGUAAUAAAACGGUAAAGAGCUGUGAAACAACAAAGAAAAAUGAAUUAUCAGAUAUUAUGACAAAAGAAAACUGCAAUAACAAUAUUUCAACAUCACAUUUACAUCCUGCAAACAAAGGAAAUGAUGCUGCCGCUACAUCUGCCAAAGCUUCCACGGCUGUAAUUGAAAAUAAACUAUACCUGCCAAGAUAUCAGUUGAAAAAUGAAUUGAAGUGUUACAAUGAUGUCAACUCAGACAAUGUAUAUCAACAAACACGUACUUCACAAAUUAGUUUUUCACAGCCACAAAUUAGACCCACACCUAUAAAAUCUAAAUACAUAACUUCAUUCAAUGUACAAUCUGAAACCAAAACAAACCAACAAUUGAAGAAAAGCCAGGUAACUUCAAUGCAUGAAAAGUCUGCAUUAACAAACCAGAGCAAAAGCUUAACAUCACAUUUACGUUCUGUGCUCAAAGAAAAUGACCCUGCCGCUGCAUCUGCUAGAGCUUUUUCGGCUGCAUUUGAAAAUAAACUAUGCCAGCCAAAGUCAGAUGUAAGAAAUGAAAGCAAAGUGGUAAGAAACAAGAACAUUAAAAAAAGGUCUGAAUGCUUUAGUGAAAGUCGUUUACCAUUGCAAAGCCGUAACAGAGAUACCUUUCUUCUAAACGAUUACGAAAACAAAACUGUUUAUAAUUAUAGCAAACCAUCAAAGUGCAGUUCUGGUCGGAGUUACAAACCGUCGUACAACAGUAUUCGACGCAGAAAGUACCGAAAAACCGAUCUAAGUAGCGAAAAUCUUGACACAGUUCACCAGUUUUAUUCCGAAAGAGUCACAUUAGAUGUUGAUAUCAAAAAUGAAACACAUGAUAACAUUAAUGAGCUUCUUGACGAUAUUCUUAAUAACAAAGAAAACAGAGCUCGCUUUGCAACGGAGGCCACCACUGAGGGUUCAAAUGCUGUUGGAGUAAAAGUAGGAAAAGCAGAUGAGUUAGACUACAGUGUUGACAUCCUUAUCAAUUGUCAACAAUUGGAACUGUCUGGCGAGCCGGUUAACUUCGAAUUCGAGGGAGAUGACAUUGACAGCCAUGAUAAAAAUGAGGUUUCAUCGAUCUUCGUAGACGCAGGGAAGCGAUAUUUUCCUAAUGAGAUAAGAUUAUUACGCCCAUACUCUAACGUACUCUACGUGCCUGAGGGCUUUAAAGCUGUCUAUGUUCCUCGGUGGGUUAAUUCAAGUUUUCCAAAUUGCUGUGUAAAGGAUAGAAACCGGACGUUGAUUUUGCCAUACUAUGUUUUGUCUGAUUUUCACGGCUUUGUGAGUGAUGCUGUACAUGAAUUUGAUGCAGUUAGUUUAAACCGUGGCGCUAAAGGUCCGGCUGUGUCGCUUACAAUCCAACAGGACGACGGGCCAAAUGUUUCCGUAGAUAUUACUCCAAAAUUAACGUUAUCAAAUGAGAUAAUAAGUGUCACAGACUUUGGAUGGCCAAGGCGCGACACUUAUAAAUGGCUAACGAAAGAAAAAAUAGACAGUGUUAAAUGUCAGCAGAUAUAUUUGGUGCCUAAAGGAGACAAGUAUUGGAAAAUAUCGUAUGCAAACUGCGAAAAUGAACUUUUGAUAGAUAUUGAUAAUGCAAAAACGUGGCGGAAAGCAUGCCUUAGAAUCAUGAAAAAGAAGUUGAUGCAAUGGCAGUCAAAAUCUACGACCGGAUUAAAAGGAAUUUCUUCGUACCUAUUGAAGACAACACUUUUGUGGCUGUGUGAAAUUUUACCAGAAGAUGAAUACUGGUACAAAGAAGAACUAGCCAACCGCUGUCUGAACUUUUUACAAGAAUUUGCACAUCGUCUCCAUAAACGACGCAUAGGAGAGUACUUCAAUCCGACCGUAAAUCUACUUGAAAACAAGGAUGAUGACUGUAUCAUUGAACUUAAAGAUUUCAUAGAUGAAGAAAUCUCUUUGUUCAUUCAAUGAAAAAAGUUGUAAAUUUGCGAACAAUUGCUUUUCGUAAAGCAAUUAUACAUUAUAGGCAUUGCAUAGCCCAGUGAAACCAUAAGUAAUGAUAUUUAUAUAUAGAUUUUGUCAAUAAUAAACCUAUAACAAUAAUUAGAAAUAACAUGUGAGAGUUACCUUUAUACUACUCUAGCAAAUUGUAUUGAAGAUGUAAUUUGAUGAUUAUACCAUUAUCAUUAUACAACAAAACAAAUGGUAACUGAUACACAGUUUUGUUAUCUUGUGCGCACAAUAACAAGUU